AUGCCAGGCCGAUUGAAAGUCCGUCGGCCCUCUCCGACCACCGUCUCCUUCACGGUUUCCAAUGCGCCGCAGCGAUCGAAUUCCCCCGCCAAAAUUCUAUUCGGCCUCCAAAUAUUACUGCGUGCAGCUCUGUUCUUCUGCGUAAUAGGUGCUGCGAUUGCACGACUCCGGCACACUUUCUUCUAUGAGGAUGGGAGGGUGAUAGCCUGGCCAGCCGUGUGGUCCAGUCCGCUCGGAGCCAAGGUGUGUAGUCUGGUGGACUUAUACAACCCUUUAGCUAUGGUGGCAGGUGGAGUUUUAGUCAUAUACUGUGUUUUCAGAAGAACCUAUACUGAGGAGUCCCUCCUGGUUAUUCGAGGAUUUGGUAUCCAGACCUCGACAUCGUCUUCAACGUACCUUUCGACUGCGGCAACAAGGUUCAUCCCUACUACCCAAAUCCAGGAUAUUGUUAUUCAUGAAGCUUUCAAGGGCUUCGAGGUUCGCUUCUAUUUGGCUGUGAUUGUCGAAGGCGAGACUGAUGCACUGGUCGUCUUUCCGCACAUGUUGCCCAAGCGGGGGAUAUUAGAGCAAGUGUGGAGGGGCUCACGACGAUGUCUUUACGAUUCGAAGUCAUGA